UCCCAAGCCCCCAUUCACACUCAUGACUUCCCUCUUGUCUGUCGUCUCUCUCUCUCCCUCUCAUGUCUCGUCUCUUUUUAAACUUUCUCCAAACAAAUGAUCUUGAACUGUAUUUUCUGAAAAACAAACGCAAGAUCAAAGUUCAGACACUAUGAUUACAGCAUGUUUCAGCCAACCCAGCACGCUCUCGAGCAAUACAUCUCAUGAAGUGCCUCAGAACCUCAUAACCUGCAUAUUCCAAACUCAGCUCUGCGGCUCUCCAACUUAUCUCACACUCACAUGGUCCAGAACCCUCUUCUCUCAUUCCCUCACCAUCCACGCCACCGAAUUUUUCUCCAUCACCGUUUCUCUCCACCCAUCAACCUUCUCAUUCUUCCGAACUCGGCCUGGCUCCAAAUCUAUUUACCUCACCCGCGGACGUCACCGGAGGAUCAAGCUUUACUGGGACUUCACUCGCGCUGAGUUCAUCCGUAACUCUGCCGAGCCCGAGUCCUGCUUCUACAUCGCCAUCUCAUGCAAUGCUAAGCUCGAAUUCUUUCUAGGUGAUCUUUUCGACGAGUUGACUCGGCGGUCCGGGUUGAUCAUGACACGCCAACUCAGCGAGCCAGCUCUGUUGUCCAGGCGGGAGCACGUGUUUGGACGCAGGAAUUAUGUUUCCCGAGCUCAGUUCUUGGGAAGCAAACACGAGUUUGGAAUUGAGUGCAGUGGGGGAGCGCUCAAAGUAAAAGUGAAUGGAGAAAUAAGCCUUGUUAUCAAGAGGCUUGCGUGGAAAUUUAGAGGGAACGAGAAAUUUUUCCUUGGAGGUAAUGAAGUCGAAUUCUUUUGGGAUGUAUUUAAUUGGGUCAAUGGCAAUGGUGGAAAUGGGCAUGGUGUGUUUGUUUUCCAAGUAGGUGACGGUGGAGUGUGGCCAGAAAUGGUAGGUCCGGAGAAAAGAUUGAUGGGGAAGAGUUUGUCAUUGUCACCAGCGUCCGGUAAGAUGCCGUCGAUUAUAUCAUCGUUGCCGCCAACGCCAUCAUGUUCAAGUGUGCUGCAAUGGGCAGAGGAAAGCAGUGAUGGUGGGUGGAGCUCAUCUUCUUCAUCUACUAGGUCAUGUGGGAGCAAUGGGGGUUUCUCUUUGGCGUUGUAUGCUUGGAGGAAGGAUUAGGUUGAAAUUCGGUUGAAAAAACGGUUUGAUUUGUGGUAAUGAAUGGGAUUUAAGGUGGAAAAAGGAAGGUUUUAAUUCGGAGAUCAUUCUUUUAUUAAUCACGCGAGUGUUGCAAUUGUUUUAUUUGAUAUAAAUUCAGCUAUUUUGUCCUUCUUCACCUAUUCCUCCGGCUUAGGCCUUGUUUGUUUUGAUUGUUUUUUGA